GAUUUCAAAAGUGAAAGUCAGAGUUAGUCUGCUGCUCAAAUGCUUACAGGAGGAGGAAGAACAGGAAAGAAAAAGCAAAGAUAUCUAAGUAAAAUCCUUAACUCAAUCUAGACCAAUAGGCAUUAAAGUUGUGUAUUAAAAAUAAGCUACAAUAUUGGAAGUUUUUGCUUGCAAGCAACUCAUCUCGAAGCUAGACGGAUAACUUAAGCAAAAGGCUCCAGUGUUUUCAGUAAGCAUGGACAAACCAGUGUGCCUGAUCAACACAGACUCAGAUGGGAAGCUGUGUGUGCAGCCGGCGGCACUGCAGGUCUUGCAGCAGAUCCAGCAGCCGGUGGUGGUGGUGGCCGUGGUGGGUCUCUACCGCACCGGGAAGUCCUACCUGAUGAACCACCUGGCUGGGAAACAAACAGGAUUUGCUCUGGGCGGCACUAUUGAAUCCAAGACAAAGGGCAUCUGGAUGUGGUGUGUGCCCCAUCCCACUAAAACAGGAACCACUCUCGUGCUGCUGGACACUGAGGGACUCGGAGAUGUGGAAAAGGGUGACUCGAAGCAUGACACCAACAUCUUCUGUCUGGCUGUGCUCCUGAGCAGCACUUUGGUUUACAACAGCAGUGGAACGAUCGACAACAGGGCCAUAGAGGAGCUCCAAUAUGUUACUGAACUAACAGAGUGCAUCAAGGUCAAAUCGUCAGAUGAAGAUGUUGAUGAUUCCACUGAGUUUGUAAAAUUCUUUCCUAGUUUCAUCUGGUCUGUGAGGGACUUCACCCUCGAGCGAAAGAUUGAUGGCAAAGAUGCCACAGAGGAUGAAUAUCUAGAGUUUGCUCUGAAGCUGAAACCUGGCACUUCGAAAAAAAUAACAAGCUUCAACCUUCCCAGGGAGUGCAUUCAAAAAUUCUUUCCCACCAGGACAUGCUUCACUUUCCCAUUUCCAACAGCUCCAGAGAAAAUGUCCACUCUGGAGAGCUUGAGUCCUGCUGACCUUUCCACUGAGUUCCUGGAGGUCACCAAACGUUUCUGUAAGUUUGUCUUUGACAAGAGCGAAGUGAAGCGAUUGAAAGAUGGACACACGGUCACUGGCAGAGUUCUGGGUAAUCUAACAAAGAUGUACGUGAACACAAUCUCCAGUGGGGCUGUGCCUUGUCUGGAGAACGCAGUGAUUGCCAUGGCCCAGAUUGAGAAUGUGGCCGCAACGCAGGAGGGUCUGGAGGUGUACCAGAGAGGAAUGGAGAAGGUUAAGUGCUCCUUCCCCCUGGAGCUGGAGCAAGUCUCCUCAGAGCACCAACGCCUCAGCAGCAAGGCUACGCAAGCCUUCAUGGCUCGAUCAUUCAAGGACACUGAUGGGAAGCACCUGAAGGUUCUUGAGGGGAAAAUCAAUAAGCUCUUUAAUGAAUAUCUGUGUCAAAAUGAGCAAGCUUCAGUGAAGAAAUGUGAGGAUCUCCUGCUGUCACUUUCAGCUACAAUGACUGAAAAACACAAGCAAGGUUUCUAUGCUAAACCUGGUGGCUAUGAUGUCUUCUGCAAAGAUCUGGAGGACAUUGUGAAGACGUACAAAAGCCAGGCUAAAAAUGAAGUCCAGGCUGAAAUGGUCUUAGACAAGUUUCUGAAGCAGAAAUCAGUGGAUUCUAAAGCCAUUCUGCAGGCUGACAAAAAACUGACUGAGAAGGAGAAAAAGAUUAAAGAGGAAAUGGAGAAAGCAGUUCUGCUGCAACAGGAAAUCAAAGCUAAAGAGGAGACACAACGGCAACUGAUGGAGAAGAUGGAGGCAGAGAAAAAGAGUAAUGAAGAGCGGAUAAAGCAGAUGAAGGAGAAGAUGGAGGAGGAGAUGAAGCAGCAGCGGGAGGAGGCACAGCGUGCCCUGGACAGCAAACUAAGGGAGCAGGCGGCUCUGCUGGACAAGGGCUUUCAGGAGAAGGCAGACAUGAUGAGCAAGGAGAUGAAGGAGUUCAAGAGACAGGCGUCAGAAGCUGAGAGUAACAGAGCUAGAGAGUUUAGAGAGCUGCUAGAAAACUCCAACAGGAGACACGAGAAGUCGAUGGCUAUGAUGAUGCAGCAGCACAGAGAGCAGAUGCAGCAAUUACAGAAUAUGCAGAACAGUUCUUCAGGGCUUCUUUGCCCCCUUCUUUUGCUCCUUGCUGCAGGGUCAGGUGGCAAAGGUAAACGAUGUUGUUGUUGAGGUUCAGUCAGUUGUAAUGCUACACAAAUACACAAAAACUGCACCUAUACAGGUGUCUAGAGAUGGGCUUUAAGGUUGCUUAAGUCAUGACCAUCAUACUAAUCAUUACCAGUUUGUAAAUGUAAAAGAACUGUCAAGUGUCAGGCCAGUAAAGCAUGCAGUGCCU